AUGACCUAUCACCAACAGCCAUCUCCUACUAGCCACACCAGCCAGAUCCUCCUCCUGAUCUUCGACUUUGACCACACCCUCAUCAACGUCAAUUCCGACCUGCUCCCGUUCCAGUCACCUGAGACACUCCCCUAUGGCACUCAGCUAUCAGCACAAAUCCCCAAGCUAAUCGAACGACUUGGUCCUAAGUCAUGGACGCGCAUGAUGCGGCUCGGGCUGGCGGCGUUGUCUCGGCGAGAAGGGUACGAAAGGGCGGAAUUGGAGGCGUGCAUGAGGGCUGUGAGGAUGGACGAGGAGUUGGUCAAAGCCCUGCAGGUAUUGGGUGCGCGGAGUCGGUUGAGUGACCGAAGAUCAGCUGCUGGACUAGGAGAUCGCGAUGAGGAAUCGGAGCAGGGUGAGAAUGAAGUGACCACGCGUCAGGACUCGAAGUCUUCAGGAGCGCCAGUUGUAGAAAUGGUGAUCGCAUCAGACGCCAACAACGUUUUCAUAGAGACGAUUCUCAACGCCAACGGGUUGUCUAGUCCGACCAUCUUCCAAAAUAUCUACACCAACCGCGCCAAGUGGGUCUCAGAGCCGAAUCUCACGGAAGAAGACGAGGGGAUCCUCAGGUCUUUCGAUCUCGAGUUGCAGCAGUCAGACGAUCAGUCAGUUCGGACGACAGCGAAGCAAGGUGUGCCUACUGCCAUUGAUUUAGCGGACAAGCCGAUACUCGACGUCCAGCCCUACCAAAGCCCCUCAAAUCCACACGACUGCACCCGCUGCGCGCCGAAUAUGUGCAAGUCCACUAUUCUGAUACAGUCGAAGCUCGACCUUGGCUUGAAUGGGGCGUCCAGUCAGCAGUUAAGGACAGUCUACGUGGGAGACGGCUUCAACGACUACUGCCCCGCUCUAAGCCUGGACACCGGUGAUCUGCUUCUGGUGAGGGAGGGGUACGCGCUUGAGAAGUUGCUGAAGCGGGAGCAAGAAGAAGAUAAGGAAGCUGCGACUGAGAAGGACGCUGCUGUGAGUGAUGCUGAAGUGACAGAGGAAGGCGAGAACCGGCAAGGCGCGGAGGUGAUGAAGACAGGUGCAGCGCAGGACCACAAAAGUAUGAAGCCAAAGGUGAAAGCAGAGAUCAAAUACUGGAAGACGCAAGCCGACCUAGCUGUCCUUCUGCUCCAGCUGACUGGAGCCAAAGGCACGGCACGACAAAGCGACGUUAAUAUUGAAAAUGUGGAGAUCACUGGCCCAAGGCAAAUGCCCGGGGAGGCAAAUAGUCCAGGAGAUCUGGUGCAACAUUUCAGCAAGAAAGCCGUACUGUGA